UACCAAUAUUCAUGUGACACCGGCAUUGCCAUUGUGAGCUGGGACGAGGCGCUGGGCAGGGACAGUUUCUACGUUAAAGCUCAGUCAGGAGACCACACAGCGUCCUGCAACAGCAGCCAAGGAACUGACUGCUACCUGCUUUCCCUGCGAUGCAGCCACACGUAUAAUGUGGAGGUCAUAUCUACAGCUGGGAACUGCAACAGCUACAAUUCUGGAAAGACGCGCAUACAGACCGGUAAGAACUGAUGUUUUCAUGUUACAGUUUAUCUAAUUGUAGCAUUAUGUCCAUAUGUGUAUGUAUCAUAAACCGUUUUACUUUUUUGUCCCCUUUCCUGUCAGCUCCUUGUGCUCCCACAAAUGUUAGUGCUUCCUUGUUGUGUGAAAACAACACAGCUGAGGUAAGCUGGCAGCCAAGCCCUGGCGCCGUGUCGUACCAUGUGAAGGCAGCUGGCAGGGACGGCGAUAUGAAAGAGUGCACCACAAACGGCUCAAGCUGUCUGCUUCCCAACAUGCACUGCGCUCAGACCUACAUCAUCACUGUCACUCCCUCCUCUAACCAGUGCAUUGGCCUCGACAGCCAACCCUACGCCUACUUUGCAGGGCCCUGCCCCCCCACCAACAUCCAAGCAUCUCUGCAGUGUAACGGUAAUGUGGGUCAUGUGACCUGGGAUGCUGCCCUUCGGGCAGAACAGUACAUAGUGAAGACUUUACCUUCCGUCAUGGAUCAACACGCCCACAUCUGUUCCUCCAAUGGAACAAGCUGCUCCCUCACUGACUUGCACUGCGGCGAGACCGUCGCCAUCACCGUCGCCACCAAGGAGCGAGGCUGCUGGAGCAAACCCAGCACGCCAUUGUUUUUGAAAACAGUCAUCUGUCCACCCACUGGUGUGACCUCAGUGACAAGCUGCGGCAGCAAUGACAUUACAGUGAGCUGGGACUUGAGUCCGGAGAGCGGAGUGGAAUACUUCAUCCACUCGUGGGACGACAAAGGCACUCCUGCCAACUACACCACGUUUCAGACGUUCUACACCGUCACCGGGCUGCAUUGUGGGGAUCUGCACACAUUUAAAGUGGCUGCUAAGAACUCUGCGUGCAGCAGCGUCUUCAGCAAUGAGACAAAAAGUGUAACAGCUCCAUGUGCUCCAACUAACCUGACAGUCAAAACUGAGUGUGGCACUAACUUGGGAAUUCUAAGAUGGGCUCCUAGCUUAUAUGCCAUCUCCUAUAGAGCUACGUUUACUGGAACCCACGGUCACGUUGUUUCCUGUUCCACCAAUGCAACAACCUGCUCUGUAAAAAUAGACUGUGGACACCAGUACUCAGCCGUUGUGGUUGCUUCCACUGCAUCAUGCAACAGCAGUUCUUCACCUUUAACUUUCAACUCAGCUCCCUGUCUGCCUGACCGCGUACAAGCCGAGCUGGACUGCACCACCAACAGCUUUGCUGUGAAUUGGAGAGGGAGUGUCGGGGAUGUUGGUUUGUACACUGCCAUCGCCAUUGGCAGUGAUGACUCGCGUGUCAGCUGUAACUCCACCAGUACUGAAUGCACCAUUCACAAUCUGAAGUGUGGCCUCCUGUACAGCCUCGUUGUCGCUAUUUCAUCUGUUGACUGUGCCGUCAUCGAGGGCUCUGACUACAAGAUCUAUUCAGCUCCUUGUAAACCAGACCAAGUGUCAGUGAGUUUACAGUGCAGCACUAACAUGGCGUUGGUCACCUGGGAACACUCAGGCCCUGACCAGACUCAGGUGGUCACGGCGACAGACAAUAGAGGACUCACAGCUACCUGCAACUCCAGCAGCUCCAACUGCACCUUCAACCAGCUGAACUGUGGAAGCACCUAUGCCAUCAGUGUGGUCGGCCACACCAACUCAUGCAGCAGUGAACCGACUGUCGCCCAGGCGCUCCAAACAGCUCCAUGUGUUCCCACCCACGUCAAAGCCAUCGUAAAUUGUGCCGUCAAUAUCACCAUGGUUACAUGGGAUUCAGCACUUGGGGCCACUUCCUACACUGUCUAUGCCCGGGGUAGCCUUGGCCACUCUGCUAAAUGCAACAGCACCAGCACAGAGUGCAACUUCUUUGACCUGGGAUGUGGGCAGGACUACAUCAUGACGGUGGUGGCCUAUCAUGACACCUGUUCCAGUCUGGUCAGUGAGGCUAUCAAUGUGACAACAGGUCCUUGUCCCUAUAGCAGUUUGAAGGCUGCACUCGACUGUAACACAAACACAAUUGAGGUUUCUUGGACUCCCGGUAGAGGCAUCCUUUACUACGAUGCUGAAGCUAGGCCAUUUAACAGUGUUCCACCACGGGAGUGUUCAAGCAAUGGUACUUCCUGUAACAUCAGCUCUUUACAAUGUGGAGAAACGUACAGCGUUAGUGUCACAGGACAAGGAGAAAAUUGUCCCAGCCCUUCAAACUUUUGGCACAAAAUAAUAACAGCUCCGUGUCCUCCCACUAACAUGAGGGUAGACUCUUCCUGUGCAUCGAACAACAUCACCGUUUCAUGGGAGGCCUCACAAGGAUCAGUCUCCUACAUGGCAGUGGCAGAAAACGCAAAAGGGGACCAGUGGUCCUGUAACACCAGCAGUACCACCUGCCAAAUCCCUGAUCUGCUGUGUGGACAGGAGUACAAGGUCUUUGUUGCUGGUGUUGAUCAGAACUGCUUUGGAGCAAGGAGUAACAUGAAAACUAUUCACACAGCACCAUGCGUGCCAGAGAACAUCCAGGACCACCUUGAUUGUCCGUCUGGUGUUCUCAACAUCACCUGGGAGUCAACGGGUCACUUUGUGCAGUUCCAUGCCUCUUUAAGGAGCCAGAGUGGUCAUGUUACUGGCUGCACAACAGAUGAACCGUACUGUGUAGUGCACGACAUGCAUUGUGACAUGACCUAUGAGGUGACAGUACAAGCCCAAGAUGAGAACUGCUACAGCUCCCUUAGCUCAGUGAAGUCUGUUAUUGCAGCUCCCUGCCCUCUCUCCUCCUUCCUUCCCGUCAUCGAUUGUGCCACGGGAGUUGCAUCUAUCACCUGGAGCACCAACGUCACAGGAUUGGUGCACUCAGUGACUGCAGUCAAUGCUGCGGGUGAAAUGCAUAACUGCAGUGGCACAAACAUAGGAUGUGAUCUGAGCUCACUGAAGUGUGGAACAGAGUACAACGUCACCAUAACACCAUCCAGGAACAAAUGUGUGGGCAAAGCCAGUUCUACAGAAAGGAUUCAAACCGUUCCUUGUGUCCCUUAUCUUUCGGAUGUUGAGAUGGACUGCCUUGCAAACUCAGCCUGGGUGACGUUUAACACCUCUGCUGGAGCUGAAGACUAUAUCAUCAUGGCCUCAAACAGUUUUGGCGCCGUCCAGACAUUUGAGUGUAACUCCACGUCAGACGGAACAUGUGCUCUCCCACCUCUGCCAUGCAGCCAAAAUCUGACUUUUACCUUGAUGGCACAGGACCAACAGUGCAUAAGUUCCCCCAGUAACGCUAUAACUGUAGAGACUGCUCCCUGUCCUCCUGAUAAUAUAAAUGAGUGGGUAAACUGCGAGAAUGGAACCAUGACAAUCACAUGGUCAGCCGUUCCUGGUGCAGUUACGUACACGGCCAUGCUAGAAGAGAUAAAUGGAGGAAAACCCAGUUGCUGCACCACAACCGAAAGUGGCUGUGAAAUUCCCGGCCUGCCUUGCGGAGAAAUGUACAUCCUGCAUGUCACAGCUGAGGGCAGAACCUGCAACAGCUCAGAAAGUCAAGGACUCAUCACCAGAACAGUGGCAUGUGUUCCUGAAAACCUGGACGCCACUCUGAGGUGCAGCAACAAUGUGGCCUCCAUGUCUUGGGGCUUCAGCAAUGGGGGGCAGCUUUACACCGUGACUGCAGUGGGCACAGAUGGCCACGUUGACCAAUGCAGGUCUCUUGACAACAAGUGUGAUCUGAUAAAUCUCCACUGUGGAGAGCAUUACACAGCCACCGUGACUGCAGAGGACAUGGAGUGCAAGAGCAAACCAAGUGAGAGUGUCACCAUCAAGACAGUGCCGUGUACUCCUGCAAACGUCUCCUCUGUAAUGGACUGUGAGGCCAACGCUUUGAUUGUUUCCUGGUCUGAGAGCUCUGGAGCUGAUUCCUACAUUGCCUCAUUGCGGGACAGCAACGAUCAGACCACAACCUGUCUGGGCACAACAACAGGCUCUUGUAAUGUCACAGGACUCGGCUGUAGUCAAAUUUAUCAAGCCUCUGUCGUCUCCUCUGAUGGAUACUGCAGCAGUCCCCCCUCUGUUGUGGUUGAAACGCCCUCAGCACCCUGCAAACCAAGAUACAUCAAAGCAAUGAUGGACUGCUACACAAGGACGGCUGAGGUGUCUUGGUACCCGAGUAUUGGAGCUUUAUCGUAUGAGGUCUUGGCCACGUCUGUGUCUGGCAGCAACGCUACCUGUGACACCAACAUGACCACCUGCACGCUAGAAGAGCUGCUUUGUGGUCAGAGCUACUCUGUGUCUGUUAAAGCUAUUGGAGAGUCCUGCAACAGCAUUGCUGACAUGACCGGACCACUGGUCACAGGUGAGGCUAGUAUAGAUCUGGAUAUCACUCCGUGCAUCCCUGAGCACAUCACCGCUCAGUACAGCCUGACGAUCGGUCAGGUGCAGUGGGAUUUGGCCAGUGGAGCUGAAAACUACACCGUCACUGGCGAAACAGACCAAGGCCUCAUAGUCUCUUGCGCUACCAGUGACACCUAUUGUGCAUUGUACAACAUGGGGUGUGGACAGAUAUACAACAUCACAGUUGCAGCGCACAAUGCGGUGUGCAACGAUGUCUCUGUCUCUGCUGUAGCAGCUACCAUUAUGACAGAACCAUGUCCGCCCAAUGAAGUGCAGACAAGUGUGGACUGUCGGACAGACCAGGGAACUGUGUCAUGGGAGACCAGCUUUGGUGCCAUAGGCUACGAGGCGAAGCUCUCUGGACGUGACGGCCACUCACUGACCUGCUAUACCAACGAUACUUUCUGCAGUGUAGAAAGCCUCCACUGUGGAGUCAUCUAUUACACUACGGUCAUUGCCAUCGGGGAGACACUCAACAGCAGCAUGUCUACCCCUGUCCUGCUGAUUUCAGCUCCAUGCACAGCUGGAAGCGUGGCAGCUAACCUGGACUGCUACAACAGCACAGCUGAGGUCUCCUGGAGACCUGGCAUCGGCGCCAGCUCUUACAUUGUGACUGCAGUGGGAACAGACGGCUUUGUGGCUUCCUGUGCGACCAAUGAGUUCCACUGCAACCUGACAGAGCUGCAGUGUGGCCAGGUGUACAACGUAACUCUCACAACCGUCAGCGAGCAAUGUCAGAUUGAGUCGUACACCAACGUUUCCUUCGGCUCUCGGCCCUGUGAACCCUUGCGGGUCGAAGCAAACAUGCAGUGUGGCAGAAAAACAGCCAACCUUACCUGGGAGGAAAGUGACGGAGUGGAACUCUACUUGACCACAGCCACCAGCAGAACAGGAACCACGCUGCAUUGCAACUCCACCGAACCCACCUGCCACUUCUCUGGCUUGAAAUGCGGAGAAAUAUAUGAAUUCUCUGUGACUGCUUACAGCAACAUGUGCUACAGUGAUACCAGCAGCACAGUGGAGAUUCAGACAGAACCCUGCCAGCCUACUGGCCUGACUAUCACUGGAUCAUGCAACGAUGAAACAGUUAUGUUGAACUGGUCUAAAGCUAAAGGGGCGAUAGCCUAUGUGGUGACCGCCACAGGAAACCUGGGCUACAUCGAGUCUUUAAAAACCAAUGAUACCACCAUAGACGUUGAUCUACCCUGCGGACAACUGUUCACUUUCACUGUAACGGCUUUGGAUAACUCGGGAUGUGAUGGAACUGUGAGCGCACCCGAACAGUUCAAAACGGGUCCCUGCGUUCCUGAAUAUGUAAAUAGCUUCACACAAUGUGAGGACAACUUGGGCUCAGUCGGAUGGGUCAUGGGUGCUAAAGCAGACUCCUACUUGGCCAUAGCAAUGGGGGAGGAUGGCCACACUCAUCAGUGCACCACAAACACCACUACGUGCACAUGGACUGACCUUCACUGCGGGGAAGUGUAUACAGUAAACGUCAUUGCCCUUGACUACAAGUGUGCCAGUGUGCCUAGCAACAGCACCACAAUUAAGAUGGCACCAUGCGUUCCUCAGAACUUGGAAUACUCUUUUAACUGCACCACUAAGGUGGGCUCGAUGACAUGGAAUGAAAGCAAAGCUGCUGAGUUUUACAUCGCAACAGCAGAAACCAACAGUGGGCACAAAAUUCAGCUCAGCACGAAUGAAACCUGGACAUUCAUCUCUGAGUUCCUCUGUGGUCAAGAGUACUUCCUGUCAGUGCAGGCUGCCGACUCUGUGUGUACAAGUCGUGCCAGUCCGCCAUCAAAGCUCACGUCAGAGCCUUGUCCGCCCACCGAUGUCUCCAGUCACAUGAACUGCAUAUCGCACAUUGCUAUGGUGUCAUGGACCGGCUCAGCUGGGGCAGAGUUCUACACCACGACUGUGAAACCAAUGGACGGCGAGUCAAAGAGCUGCUGGUCUGACAGAGAGAAGUGCAGUAUGCCCCAUGUGCCCUGCGGGCAGAACUACACAGUGACAGUGAUUGCCUCAAACAAGAUGUGUGACUCUGACCCCAGUGCAGCUGAUGUACUGCAGUCAGUUCCUUGUGUUCCUGCUGAUGUGGAAGUAAAGGUCAACUGCUCCAAUAACCAAGCUGUUGUGUCCUGGAGCACUAGCAAUGGCGCCUUGUCCUACAAAGUGGUGGCUGAAAGCACACAGAAUGAUAGGAUCUUCUGUGAGACAACAGAGCUAACGUGUACUUUAACCAACCUUACCUGCGGACACCCGUACUCUGUCCAGGUUGUGGCAGAAGGUGAAACCUGCUCAAGUCUGCCCAGCCAAGACGUAGAGUUCAGUCCAGUUCCUUGUACACCCAAGAUGGGCUCUGUAAUUCUGGACUGCUACACCAACUCUGCUCUCUUGGACUGGAAAUAUGCAGAGGGUGCUUUGUACUACACUGCUACGGCCCAGUCUUCAAGCGGCCAUGUUUCCACCUGUAACUCUAAUUUCACAAACUGUGAGCUGCAGAACCUGCAGUGCGGCCAAAUAUAUAACAUGGUCACACUGGCCUCCAACGAUGAGUGCAGCAGCCCCCCCAGCACCUCUUUGGAGGUUGAAUCAGUCCCAUGUCCUCCUGAGGAUGUCGUUCCGGUGCUGGACUGCUCCAGCAACACGGCACAUGUGGAAUGGCGGGCCAGCACUGGCGCUGAGUCUUACAUUGUUCAAGCCUUCGGCGUGGAAGAACAUGAAACUGGCUGUGUGACUGACUCGGAGUUCUGCGUGCUCACAGAUCUCAUGUGUGGGUUCACCUACAACAUCAGUGUAAUUGCCAUCAACAGUGUGUGCAAUGUGUCGCAGAGUGACGUGGAACAGCUGCAGGCAGCACCGUGCAUGCCAGAGCAGGUGGAGGCCCGGGUGGAUUGCGAGUCUGGUGGAGUGAUGGUUUCUUGGGAGCCGAGUAAAGGGGCUUUGUCAUACACAACCGUCGCCCAAGGCAGUGCUGGAUACAAUUCCACAUGUAGCAACACUGAGACAACUUGUCUGCUGGAUGAUUUGCUGCGUGGCCUGAACUACACAAUAACCGUCAUUGCUUCCGAUGAUGUGUGUAACAGCACUGAAAGCUCUGUGGUGGAGAUCGGCACGGUACCAUGUGUCCCACAGCAUGUAACAGCAGAGAUGGUGUGCAGCAAUGACACAGGUGUAGUGUCGUGGGAAGAAGGGGAAGGGGUCACAUCCUACCAGGUGCUGGCUUAUGGACCCGAUGGGCAUAAAACUGAGUGUCACAGCAGGGAAAGCAGCUGUGAGCUGCUGAACAUGCACUGUGGUCAGCUCUACAACGUGACAAUCACAGCUCAGGAUGGACGCUGUGAUAACAGCAAUGCUUUCCUGAACCUCAUGUCAGUGCCUUGUAGGCCAACCAACAUCAAAGCUAUGCUACAUUGCCUCUCAAACUCAGCUGCAGUAACAUGGGAGAAAGCCAGCGGAGCGCUCACCUAUGUAGCUGUAGGUGUGACAAAAGAUGGAAGUCACUGGACUGAGUGCAACAACACUGAGACUCACUGUGAUCUGAGAGACUUGCAAUGUGGACAAAUCUACAAUGUGAGCGUGUUCGGGCAGGAUGAGUCCUGCUCCAGCGUGGUCAGCGACAGGGCUUAUGUGCGAACAGCUCCCUGCCCACCCCAGAAUGUAGUAGUUGAUGCACAAUGUGCCAAAGGAGAAAUGGUUGUUUCUUGGUCCCCCAAUACAGAUGCUCAAUACUUCCAUGUAGCUGCUGUGAGCAACACAGGGGCAAGACUUUACUGUAACUCCACUGGAACCACCUGUACUAUUAGUAAUCUGCCUUGUGGACAGCACUACAACGUCACAGUGCUGUCAGUCCGAGAUACUUGUGAGAGUAAAACAAGUCCUGUGGUGCAUACUUGUUCAGCUCCAUGUGUGCCCAUGAAACCUGAAGGGCGGCUGGACUGUGUUUCAAACUCUGUCUGGGUGAGCUGGAAUCCUUCUCAAGGUGCAGCCAGCUACUUUGUGCAUGCAGAAGCAGCGGACGGGCACAACUCCAACUGUACGACUUCCUCUUCAACCUGCAGUGUCCCAGAUCUUAAGUGUGGGACCCAGUACACCUUUAAUGUUAUCGGUGUAAACCAGCACUGCAGCAGUAAUCACAGUACCACCUUCCAGAUUGAGACAGGACCUUGUGCUCUGGAGUCAGUCAAAGCAACAACAGGAUGCAACAAUAACACCAUAUUGGUUGAAUGGGAGCGAACACAAGGCACUCCUGUCUAUGUAGUUACAGCAGAGGCUGACGAUAAAACCUUCCUUUCCUGUAAUACCUCAUCAGUGUCAUGCGUCCUUCAAGAUGUGCAGUGUGGCACUAACUACAGAAUUAUUGUAUCAACCUCCUCUGAUAAGUGCAGCAGCCUCAGGAGUCCUCCAAAGAAGAUUGAAACAGCCCCAUGUGCUCCUCGCAAUGUGUCUGUGGUACCACUGUGUGAAACUAAUGGAGCUGCAGUGUCAUGGGAAAAAUCCAUGGUGGCCACAUCCUACCAGCUGACAGCCACAGGGCCAGAUGGACAUGUUGCCACGUGCAACACAUCAGUGAACAAUUGCUCUCUGGAUGGUCUUCACUGUGGUCAAAAGUACAGCUUGAACAUCACUGCCAGUGGAGCCACAUGCAGAAGCCUCCCAAGCCUGUCCUCCUUCAAAACAGUACCUUGUCCUCCUGUCAAUCCAACCGUGGAAAUUGACUGUCAGACAAACUCUGGCAAACUAUCAUGGAACAGCACAGAGCGAGCAGUGGAGUACAUCAGCCACGCUGCAUCCAUGAACGGAAAAAACCUGUUCUGUAGCAGCGCUUCCUCUUCCUGCACAUUUGAAAACCUGGAGUGUGGCGACAUUUACAACUUCACCAUUAAAUCCUUUGAUGGCUUCUGCAACAGCUCCUCUAGCCCAACCGUGCAGGCAGGAGCAGUUCCAUGUCCGCCACCUUCUUUGAAAGUCCGUAUGCAGAGGAUAAAGAAAAUGUACUGGGCAAUGAUAUCAUGGGAUAGAGUCAACUGUUCAAAAGUGGAGUACUUGACAAAAAUAACUGGUAAAAUUGGAAACAACCCACAAGCCCUGAUGGAUGUUUCCUCUUACUGGUGGGACAGGCCGUACUUUGAGCUGCCGAUGCCCUGCAGCACAACUUUUAAUAUUACAGUACAGUCCAAAAACUCAGCUGGAGUCGGCAAGCCAUCCAGUAUUUAUUCUGGAAUCACAGCUCCCUGCGCUCCACAGAUGGUGCAGUACAUUGGUAGCAUGCAGUCAGUUGUGCUUUCCUGGAACGCAUCAGUGUUUGCCACAAACUACAUGGUCUACAACGUAUCAGGCGGAAGCCGUGCGGUCCUCUGCAACACUACCGGACUCUCCUGCCAGAUUACCAACUUUGACCCCAGUUUCACUGAAGUCACUGCUGUCAAUAAAGUGGGGGAGAGCAACCCCAGCCAAAAUAUUACAGGUUUAGUGGGAGGGCGAAAAAGAAGAGCUGUGCAGGAUAAUCAGGGGUCCUCAGAUCUAGGGGAAGUCUUGGAGGUACCAGAAGUACUGACAGUAACAGUAAGCAAAGGUUCACUGCACGUGAAAUGGAGGAAAGUGAAGGACGCAACAGAGUACACAGUCAUGAUUGAGGAGGAGCAGACCGAGGAGCUGCCGGGUCAACCUCCAAGAGUAGAAAUGGUGGAAGGAGACUAUUACGAAGAGACUGGUCUCAAGGCAUCGACCACCUACUGUGUCAGGGUGGCAGCCAGAAACGCCGUCAACCAAAGCAGCUACUCCUGGCCAAAGUGCAGAAACACCGGAUCCUCGUUAUAAAUCAUUCUCACAAUUGAUUUAAAGCGACACAGAAACAAGCAAAACAUCAUUUGGAUUAGUUCUGUUACAUUUGACAAUUGAAGGGUCUUUAAGAGGCUAAAUGUAAAAAAAAAA